GGCGUGAUGACUGCAGCUGCCGCCGGCCUUUUUGCGCAACACCUUCCUGAUAUAUAUCAGCGCGCCGCGCUCCACCUGGGUGCCUGCUCGGGUCCAUUACCUGCGCAGAGUGCUGACCAUGGCUCCUUGGCCUGAGUUGGAAAAUGCCCAGCCUAACUCGGAUAAGUACAUCGAAGGGGUCGCCGGUCAGCAGUCCACCACACCCGCAAAAGGCAAGGAGACCGGCAAAAAUGACACCGACACCCCUGUCACCAAGAUUGAACUUCUGCCCUCUUAUUCUACCAUGGCACUGAUAGAGGAGCCCACAGUGGUGGAAGACCCCUGGAACCUGCCCGAGCUUCAGGACACGGGGAUCAAGUGGUCAGAGAGAGACACCAAAGGGAAGAUUCUCUGUGUCUUCCAAGGGAUUGGGAAAUUUAUUUUACUUCUGGCAUUUCUCUACUUCUUCGUGUGCUCCUUGGAUGUCCUCAGCAGUGCCUUCCAGCUGGUUGGAGGGAAGGUGGCCGGGCAGUUCUUCAGCAACAACUCCAUCAUGUCCAACCCUGUGGCGGGGCUGGUGAUCGGGGUGCUAGUGACUGUCCUGGUGCAGAGUUCCAGUACCUCCUCGUCCAUUGUCGUCAGCAUGGUGGCCUCCUCAUUGCUGAACGUGCAGGCUGCCAUCCCCAUUAUCAUGGGGGCCAACAUUGGGACCUCCAUCACCAACACCAUUGUGGCGCUCAUGCAGUCAGGAGACCGGAGUGAGUUCAGAAGGGCCUUUGCAGGGGCCACCGUCCAUGACUUCUUCAACUGGCUCUCUGUGUUGGUGCUUCUGCCUCUGGAGGCUGCCACCCAUUACCUGGAGCGCCUGACCAACCUGGUAGUGGAAUCCUUCAACUUCAAGAAUGGAGAGGAUGCCCCGGAGCUUCUGAAAGUUAUCACAGAUCCCUUCACGAAGCUCAUUAUCCAGCUGGAUAAAAAAGUUAUCAACCAAAUUGCAAUGAAUGAUGAAACAGCCAAAAACAAGAGUAUGAUCAAGAUUUGGUGUAAAACUUUUACCAGCAUGACUGAGAGGAAUGUCACCGUCCCCUCGCCUGACAACUGCACCUCUCCUUCCCUCUGUUGGACGGAUGGUUUGCACACCUGGACCAUCAAGAACGUGACCCACCAGGAGAACAUUGCCAAGUGCCAGCACAUCUUCGUGAAUUUCAACCUCCCGGAUGUUGUCGUGGGCACCAUUCUCCUGGUAGUCUCCCUGCUGGUCCUCUGUAGCUGCCUGGUCCUAAUUGUCAAGCUCUUGGGCUCUGUGCUCAGGGGGCAGGUAGCUGUUGUCAUCAAGAAGACCAUCAACACUGAUUUCCCUUUCCCCUUUGCCUGGGUGACUGGCUACCUGGCCAUCCUUGUGGGGGCGGGAAUGACCUUCAUCGUUCAGAGCAGCUCUGUGUUCACGUCUGCUAUGACCCCUCUGAUCGGUAUCGGUGUGAUAUCCAUUGAGAGGGCGUAUCCACUCACGCUGGGCGCCAACAUCGGUACCACCACCACCGCCAUUUUGGCCGCCUUAGCUAGCCCAGGCAGUACUUUGAAGAGCUCGCUCCAGAUUGCCCUGUGCCACUUUUUCUUCAACAUCUCAGGCAUCUUGCUGUGGUACCCAAUCCCGUUCACCCGCCUGCCCAUCCGCCUGGCCAAGUGGCUGGGCAGCGUCUCAGCUAAGUACUGCUGGUUUGCCGUCUUCUACCUGGUCACCUUCUUCUUCCUGAUCCCUCUGGCAGUGUUUGGCCUCUCGCUGGUGGGCUGGCCAGUGCUGGUGGGUGUGGGAGCGCCCAUCAUCUUUGUGGUCUUUCUGGUGGUGGCGGUCGGGCUCCUGCAGUCCCGCUGCCCGCGCGUCCUGCCCCACAAGCUCCAUAACUGGAACUUCCUGCCGCUGUGGAUGCACUCGCUGAAGCCCUGGGACAAGCUCAUCACCAUGUUCACCAGCUCCUGCCAGAGCCUCUGCUGCCGUGUCUGCUGUAUGCUGUGUGGCUGCCCCAACUGCUGCCGCUGCAGCAAAUGCUGCCGCGACAGCACGUACUGCCGCGGCAGCACGUACUGCUGCUGCAGGAAGUGCUGCCGCUGCAGCAAGUGCUGUGAAGACCUGCAGGAGGUGCAGGACGUCCCCAUUAAGUCUCCCGAGGCUUUUGCUAACAUGGCCAUGGACAAAGAGGCCCAGGACAGGGUCCCCAAGUCCGAGGUGGAUGCCUCGGGCACCAAAACCAUUUCCAGCAUCACAGCCUUGUAG